UCUUGAAAAUCUAAUCAGAUGACGUAGUAUACCGCACCACUACAAAAUAGUGAAACUUGUUUAACAUUGAAAAAUCAAUUUCUGUACGCAAAAAUGCAUACAUUCUGUGUGAAGUUUGUGCCAUUGCAUGAGCAAUCGAAUUCAGGGAAUGACAUCCACACCAAAUAAAAAAAAAAUUCAAAAUAUUUGACCUUUCGCGUGUUUUGUGCUAAUAAAAAGGACCUGAUUUGAAAACACAAAGUAAGCAAGCCACAGCUUUCGGCGCGACAUUUCAAGGGACAAGAUUCUCACUUAAAUAUCAGAAGAGGAGUGUCAGCUUUAUAUUUUAAGAGUUCAUAUCUCGCCUCGAUACGUAGAAAAAGCAUGUGCUAACUAUUAUGAUUUGCGGAGGAUACAUCGACACGUAGCUUUAUCAAAUAUGCGCUUAAAAAUAUAUCACCUUAAGACGUCGGACAAACUUAACAAGCAAAUGACAGCACUGCCACUCCUUUAAAGCGAAAUCAAAAGAAAGACACUUUUUUUUCUCGUGAAACUUUAUUUUUGCUGAAACGGAUUAAGCAUAAUCUAAUCAUCACGCUUAGAUACACUAAUCAUCAUCUAAUCACUUAAAACAUUCGAUAAUACACCAGAAAGCAAAAAUUACCUGGAACGGCCUUUUGUAAUUUCAGUAUCAAAUUGGAAGGAAUUUUAUUCGUGGGCAUGUCGCAGAACCUCUGGAAGGAUUGCCAUGAUGGGUCAUUAUUCCUAGCUUUAAGCAUUCUUAUCUCGGCACCACUUCUUGUGAGUAAUGAGGAACUGCUCGCCACCGAGCAUCCCUUGAAAUACACACCGGAAAAAAUAAAAGCAGCUUUAGAAGAACAUAAAAUAAUUCCAGAUGCACUGGACGCCGCGCCUGAAAAAGGAAUCCAGAUGCAAUGGGUUGAAGGGCCUCAGGCUGUGUUUGGAAAUAUUCUAGAACCGUUAGCCGUAUUGAGAGAACCCUAUUGGAUCAAGUGGGAUGCAGAUGUAGCUACUCGUUUUACACUAAUGAUGUUCGGUCUGGACGAACCUACCAAAGAGAAUCACACGUUACGAGAGUGGCAAUUUUGGCUUGUGGGAAAUAUACCGGAAUAUAGCAUUAGAUUUGGUGACGUAAUGACGCAGUACUCCUCUCCAAAACCGCCAAAAGGUUCAGGUAUUCACCGAUAUGUGGUCCUUUUAUACCUCCAACCCAAUGGGUGUAGGAUUGAAUUUGAGGAAACGAAAAAUCCCAUUGCUGACAUACGUGAUGACGGAGCUCGAGGAGAUUGGUCGCACAAGAAGUUUGCCGAAAAAUACAAAUUAGGAAAUCCUAUUGCUUGUAAUUUUUUUCGAGUUAGAUGGUGAAAACUCCUGAAGACAAUGAAACUCAUGUAGUAUAGAGAAGAUGAACAUAGCAGGAAAAAAAAUUUUAAAGGGUAGAUAUGCCUUAUCAUCAAGUGCUGGCAAAGCGAGGAGAAAAAAUAAGGCGAGAAAUAUUUCAGUCGACACUCUGCGCUCUUGAAAAAGCUACGUCAAUUUAAAGACAAUUCCCAGUUGUGGUUGGACACUUCGUGAAGUAUCCAGCUUUUCUUUCUAAAAAUAAAUUACUAUGUGCGAGUAUCUCGCGAAAAAGACCCUUUAAUAGUACGUUAAUCAACGUAUUGAUGUGCAUAUUUUAAUGUUUUAUAGCUUUUAGGAUGUUACAAAUAUAUUAAAAUAAACAUUUUACUUCGUAUUUGCAUGCUCAUUUGCUUUCAGGUAAGUUGCAAAUCAUUUUUACCGUGGCUUCCAAAGCUAUGAAAAUGUAUAUAAUGAGAUGACAGAUUCUCUGCAAGAAUAAUUUAUCAUCGUGAUAGCCUUAUUUUUAUCUGAUGAGGAGACUGCCAUAGACCAAGAGGCAAUUUAUCUGUCAAUUAAUCUUCUUUGGUCUUGAUCAUUGCUUCUUAAUCCCCACUUCAAAUAUGCAUAAAAAACAUCUAGCUGGAGCGUUUUUGUCACUAUUUCAGCCCAAAAUCCAUUCCGAAGCACCCCAGACCGUGCAAAAAAUCCAGCGACUUCACUGGCCACUGUGCGCACUAUGUAAAGAAUGGGCACUGUUACCUCCUUCAAAAUAAUCUGACUAUUGUCUAUGAAUUAAAAUAAUUAAAAUAGGUAUCAUUCUAAUUGCCAAAGUAAAUUGUAUUAAACGAUAAAACAAGGUCUACUUCCCCCUCAAAAUUAUCGAAUAAAAAAA